AUGUUUGGAAAGAGAUGGACAUCCGAUACUACAGUUCGGCUGUAUACGAUUUCAUGGGAUCUUUGCAAUGAAACCAUUGUUGAACCCGACUAUUUGGACAUAGAACCGGAUGUAGGCAAUAAUAUAGACCAAAAACUCUAUGGAGUUGCCUUGUAUUUCGAUCCUUUUGAAACAACUGGAAACCUAGAGUGCCGACAUUCAACCAUGGCACAGGUUGCAGAAAAGAAGUAUCCCACAGCGCAAUACUUGCUGAUUGCAAACACCGAUUUAGUACCUAUUACGAAGUAUGAUGAAGAAUUGGACUCAACUUUAGCGUUGGCAACCGUCACGUUGGACGAUGGAGAUGCAAUUAAGAACAGAUUUGGCGAUGAAACGGUAUCUUCGAUUGCAACAGGUUCGAUUCUGGUCACCGUUGAUGCAACCUCUCGCUUCAUCUUGGAUACGAGCAUCACUUUGGAACACAUUGAAAGAGGUGCAACAACGAUAAUAACAAUGACCCAAAUCUCGGCAUUUCUUUCAUUCAUUGGAUCCGUGUACGUCCUAUACACUUUGGUUGGGAACAAACAAAGGCGUUCCAAGAGUAUGCGGGUCCCAUUUAAUCGAUUACUAUUGGCAAUUUCUAUUGCUGAUCUGAUGUCGUCUCUGGCAAUGAUGGUUGCUGGGUGGGCAACACCGACAGCUCCACCUGGAAACUAUGAAGGGUACUAUAGCAUUGAACGGUGGGAAGUCAAGUUUCCGCGUGCCGUUGGCAAUGAUGCCGGAUUCCAAAGCGUCAUGGUGCACUCGUUUCGAUUCAAGUUCUAUUUUCUUGUUCUUGUUCUUGCCUUGUCGACAUCAUCAUCAUCAUCGGCUUUUCAGCAUCAGCAUUCCAAAUUGCAGUUGCAGCCAGUUCACCAGUCUCGUCGACUGGUGAAUGAACUCGUUUCGCCAGAAGCAUCCAGCCACAAGGUGCAGCAUCUAAAUACUGGCUCUAGUUCGACCAGAAACCGUGCAUCUUCUUUGCUAUCCAAUGUCAACGACACUGAGGGAGCAACGACUGAAUCAGAAUCGGAGGUCGAACGAAUGCUGUUUGGUUGGAAUCGCCUUGUCUCCGGUGAAGCGUGGGGAGAGCCAUCUUCAAUGCAAAAAUUGUGGGCUUCGUUGGAAGAUAUUGUGGGUGUCUGGGGACAUGUGCCACUCAUAAUUGCAUCAUUUCAGACUGCAAUGACCGGUAAAUGCAACGAGCUGGAGUACGCGAUUUGCGUUGGUGCAGUUCUGCUCACGAGUUUGGCUCAUGGAAAGAUGACAUACGAUACACCCAGAGACUGGAGAGCGCCUAGAUUGGCUGAAUAUCGCACGGUUUACGAGUUCUCAGCACUAUAUUUGAUUCCUUUUGGCUGGCUGACUGCACGGAUCCAACCACACUUUCCUAUGCAGUUGGAGGUUUUGGACCCCGCCAUGAGUUUGCUGUUCUCUGCAAUAACCAUUUAUGGUGUUGCUUAUGCACUUUACGGAAAAGGAGUUUUGGAAGAGGCAAAUAGCGAUCAGAAUCUGAUGGACACUAUAGACGAAUCAUCCCGGAUUCUCCCAUCUUCUCCAGCGUAUCAAAAGCAGGCUCAACUGUAUCUCACUGGGAAUGUGGUAAUCAAUGGGCUAGCAUGUCUCUUCAUACCAUUUGCGUGGACAUUGACGAUUCGAGGAACCGAAUGGUGGGAGAGGGUGCAAAUGUUGCAUCCCAAUCAGCAAGCCUUUCUAGGUCUCAGUUUACUGGUUGCCACAAUAGGUGACGUCUCUGGAAACCUAUUGGUGCGACUCAAGCAAUUAGGUGGCGUUACAGCUUCCGAAUCUACUGUCGUUAUAGGAAUCCUGUCCAACUUUCUUCUAUUGCUAUUCCCAGAAUUGGUGUUCAAUGGAAUUUACAGUAGUGGUGUCAGUGAAAUAGGUUUCUACUUUGAAUAG